UGAUGUUUUGGCUACUACGACGUUCUACAGAACCUUCUGUAACAAGUGUUGAGUGCUACUGGCGAAAACCGACUUUAGCAAAAGUAGGUUCUUCAUUGAAAGCAGCAAAAUUGAACGAGCUAUUUAAGAAUGUUCCCCCAGUUGCAUCACACAAUAAUUCCUUCUUAAAAAAACUAUUAGAAAAAGGAUUAGAAAACAAAAGCAAGGGCAUUUUAUUUGAAUACUACAAAACUGAAGAGAAUGCUAUUGAUAAAGUAUCCCUAUAUCAUUUAAUAAAUAAAUUUGUAAGAAACAGUAGCAGCAUCACUGCUGAAAAUUUUAUUCAGUAUUGUCAGCAAGAAAUGAAUGAUCAGCCUUGUAAAGAAAUUUUAAAUCAAACAAAAGAUCAAUCCAAUACUGGUACAUGGUUUGAGAUAAGGUAUGCACAUAUUACUGCAUGGAAGUUUUAUGAAGCAGCACAGAGUACAACAUAUGAUGGAUGUUUAGUGGAGUCAAUUUUGGGUGCAGCAAAAUUCAAGUCCACAAAGGCUAUGAAGAGGGGAUUAUCAUUAGAGGAUAAAGUAUUGAAGGUUGUGGCAAGAAAGAAACUAAUAAAAGUAGAAAAAGUAGGAAUAUUUGUAGAUAAGAGAUAUCCUAUAUUUGGAGCUAGCCCUGAUGCUGUAAAUGCUGAGUUUUGUAUUGAAAUAAAGUGCCCAUCAAAAGAAUCGACACUUAAGCAAUACUUAAAUGGUGGAGUCAUAGGUAAGAAACCUUUUGCCCAAAUUCAACUCCAAAUGCUAUUCUCGGGCAGAAAAAAGGGAUUAUUUUGUGUUGCAUCACCAAAUUUUGAAGUGAAUAAAGAUGUAUCAAUUGUGGAAGUUGAACUUGACAUUUUUUUUGUAAGGAUUUGCUGCAAAAAGCAACUUUGUUUUGGGAAAAAGCUAUCUUCCCAAAACUGAUUCAAUAGAUCUACUGUAAUGUACUCAACUUGUAAUGUCAACAAUUUACCUGUAGAUUUGACUAAAAGACAACUCAAUUGUUCGUGUGUAUUGAAAUAUAUUUGGUAUAAAUUUUCAUGUAUUAGAGCCGUUUUACACACAAGAGAAUUACUCCGAAAAUUAUGGUCAUAAUUAUGCCGAAAAUUUGCAUGGAAAAAAUAUUGAAGAUUGUCUCUACAACCUGUAUGACACCAGCAAACAAAAUUUCCGAGUAAUUCAUAUGAUACGCCUGCGCAUUAGAGUAAUAUUUUGGAAUGGACAUAACCUUAACGGGUGUGACAUCCAAUAUAAUCGGAAAGACAACAGACGUCGUUGAUUUACAUUUAUGAAAUCGAGAUCUUGGUUAAUAUUAUAAAAAAUGAAUUUGAGUCAAUCUGAUUUACUCUUAACUGCUGCAGUGACUUGUUGUGUCUUAAUAUACCAGUUAACCAAAAACAAAUUAGGUAGUAGAAAAAGAUCUCAGUGGACAAAAAAGUGGCUGCAGAGAAAAAAGGGUAGAGGUACUUUAGCUCUUUUAAACAGGGAGCUACGAGUAGAGGAUACGAAUGCUUAUAGAAAUUUUCUUCGCCUUGAUGAUACUCAAUUUGAUUACCUGUUAGCAUUGGUCGAACCUCAUAUAAAAAAGGAAGACACUUUCAUGAGAGAAAGCAUAAGUGCCCAACACAGGUAGUAAGAUAGCAAUAAUUAUUUGUUUUUGUUUAUUAUACAACACAUUCAUAAAGCCUGUAUAGUUUUGAUUUGGCAUCAUAUAAAUUUGGACAAUUGAAUUUACUUUUGACCUAUGUAUAUAUAGCUAAUGGGACUUAUUGUUUUUAGGCUUGAUGUCACAUUGCGUUUCUUGGCUACUGGUGAAACAUAUAGAAGUCUCAUGUACAGCACAAGAAUUCAUGAGAGCACAAUUUCUAAAAUUGUUCCAGAAACAUGCUUAGCAUUAUGUAGAUGUUUGAAAGAUGUUUAUUUGAAGAAUCCAACUACAGAUGAUUGGUUGAAAGUUGCUGCAGAUUUCCAAAGCAAGUGGAAUUUUCCAAAUUGUCUUGGAGCAUUAGAUGGCCGCCACAUAGCUUUUAGCCCACCUACAUCUGCUGGAUCAUAUUACCACAAUUACAAAGGCACAGACAGUAUGGUUUUACUAGCUUUAGUAGAUGCCAAUUACAAAUUUAUCUAUGUGAAUAUUGGUGUUAAUGGCCGAAUUAGUGAUGGGGGGGUCUUCAGUGCUUGUGGACUUUAUAAAAGAAUGCAAAACAAGACACUUAAUCUGCCACCAGACAGAGCUCUUCCUGGUAGGACAAAUAAAGUGCCUUAUGUUUUUAUAGCUGAUGAAGCAUUCCCAUUAUCUAAUCAUUUGAUGAAACCCUUCCCACAACGUUCAUUGACAUAUGAUAAUAGAAUUUACAAUUACCGUCUGUCAAGAGCUAGACGAAUGGUGGAGUGUGGCUUUGGAAUACUAGCAAACAGAUGGAGAGUUCUAUUACAAAAAAUACACUUGGGACCAGAAAAAGUUGAACUCAUAACAUUAACCUGUGUACUUUUACAUAACUUUUUAGUUAAAGAGAAUGCUAUGUACACUACUGAAGGCACGUAUGACAUUGAUCCAUCCCAACUGUUACCUCAAAUUUCACAGCAGAUUGGGAAUCGAUCAGGAAAUUCUGCGAGAUCAAUCAGAGAAGAAUUUAGGGAUUAUUUCAAUUCAACAUCUGGAUCUGUGCCAUGGCAAGACACAGGUUUACAAAGGAACAUUUCAUGAAAUAUUGAGUCAAAUAAUUAUUUCUAUUAUUGUACCGUAUUGUAUACAGAAAUAAAAUAAUGAAGUAUCCAUUUAAUGCUCUUUAAUUGAAAAACAUCAUUUCCUGCACCUUCGCAGGGCAGUAUUUAAUACAUUUACAAUUUCAGCUUCAACCUCAUCUCUUAUCUCACUGUCCGUUAUUCAGUCAAGCUUUGAGGCAACAUAUUCCCCAAAGAUCUGGUUAGAGGAUUACUCCCUGGUUUGUCCCAGUCUUUGGGAAAUAUGUUGCAAGGUACUUUUGACCUCCCCCAUAACAUCUGUAUCCUCUUCUUUCCUUUUCCUUUUUUUGGGGGCACUUGUCAUGCUCACCCUUGAAGAGCUUCUAGAGUGGCUUGGCGUGCUGAUAUGCUCCAAAGCCCCUGAUGGUGAUACUGCCGCCGAGAGCACCUCCUCUGCUAAGGCAUCCUCAUCAUCUGCUUGUUCAAUCUGAAAUGAACAGGUAGUAAUAUAGAAUAAAGUUUUCUAGUUUUGGCAAAAUAGGUAUAAAUAUAUAUUUACAUUAAAUUAAUGCUUGAUUAGAUUUGGAUAUGAAAAAUCAUGAAACAGUAAAAAGAAUGAAGGUAAUGACCAGUUUCAUGACAAUGUAACACCAGCUUGUACUUGGCAUGUUAUUUGUUACAUAAAUAAUAUGGAGUACAUGGUCAUAGGUCCAUUCUGUUAUCAUAAAUGCAAAAGUAUUGAUGACUGUUCAGCAAAGCUCAAGUGUACUUUUAGGUUUAGACAAAAUCACUGUUGAAUUCAGAUUUAAGUGAAAUUUGGGCUUUGGCCAUAGUGAAAUAUGCAACACAACAUCGGCACUUACCAAUGUUAUAUCUUGUUCUUGAACAUCUUCGCUUUCCAAAGAAUCGAAUGCUCCUCUUUCUUCACUAUUGUCAAACACAUAGCCAAUCAAAUUAUGAUACCACAGUGAUGGCUCCGUGAUCUGUGAAAAAUAUUACUUUUAACACUCAAUCAGAUACAUAAUGGAAGAGAAAUAUGCAAACAUAUAGAAAAAACUUACAUCAUCUGAACCAGCGCCACUUCUUUGCGAUUCCAAACAUUUUCGCCUCUCCUUGCUGGCAUUUUGUUUCAAAGCUUGAAACUUUGCUUGUACAUCCUGUGCUGUCACGUUAGGUUUCAAACUUCUCAAUGCUUGGACUACCGCAUCCAGCGCCUGACGCCGCAAAUUUCUAUUUUUGUAAUUGGCUGACUUCACCUUGUACAGGUUUGGCCAUUUUUGGUACUCCUCCAACAACAGUGUAACUUCUUCCCGAUUCCACGACAUUAUGAAUAAACAAUAAACAUAAACGCUUCUUCGUACGACUCGAACAGGACCACUCCAACAAAUGUUAAGUGAGGUUAUGUUGUUGUUGUUGUCGUUGACAUUUGAUAUUGACAUGCACGGAAACAACCCUCUGCGCCGAUUCUCGCGCAUAUAAUAUAG